AUGACAGAUCCAAGGGCACAGCUUCAACCCGCAGCAAGAGUUGCUGAUAGAAGACAAGAUGUGUGGACGAUUGUCAACGAAGGAGCUGCCAACUCCCCAAAGCAACCUAUUGUGAAUAUGGGCCAAGGUUUCUUCGGAUAUAACCCUCCAGACUUCAUCAUUAAUGCUGCUAAAGAAGCUCUUGAUAAAGUUGAAUGCAACCAAUAUUCUCCCACUAGAGGGCGGCCGAGACUAAAGCAAGCUAUCGCGGAUUCAUACUCUCCGUUUUGGGGACGAAAGCUGGACCCCAAUACUGAGAUUACCAUUACAACUGGGGCAAAUGAAGAUGACGAAGUCAUUAUUUUUGAGCCAUUCUUCGACCAAUAUAUCUCGAACAUCGAGAUGCCAGGGGGCAAGAUCGUGUACGUUCCCUUACACCCACCCGAGAAUGGUGCAACACAGAACACCUCGGCUGGGGAAUGGACAAUCAACUUUAGUGAGCUUGAGGCCGCCAUUAGUUCAAAGACUAAGAUGAUCGUACUUAAUACACCUCACAAUCCUGUGGGCAAGGUGUUUUCGAAAGGCGAACUGCUCAAAAUAGGCGAGCUAUGCGUCAAAAAUAAUAUCAUCAUUCUCUCCGAUGAGGUCUAUGACAGGCUUUACUAUGUUCCAUUCACCCGCAUGGCAACCUUGUCCCCGGAAAUUGAGCGCCUGACCUUGACCGUUGGGUCUGCGGGAAAGAAUUUUUAUGCUACCGGUUGGCGAGUGGGCUGGCUUAUUGGCACACCUCAUCUGAUUAAAUAUGUAGCAGCAGCGCAUACCAGGAUUUGUUAUUCAUCUGUCUCACCUCUCCAGGAAGCAGCAGCCGCCGGAUUCGAGCAAGCAGAUGCCAAUAAUUUCUGGACAACAGCAAUCACUGAGAUGAAAGCAAAGAUGGACUCGUUCAACAAAAUAUGGCUUGAGCUCGACCUGCCGUUCUCUGACCCCGAGGGAGGUUAUUUCGUACUCGUCAACAUGAAAAAGGUCAAGGUUCCAUCGGGGUAUCCAUUCCCGGACCAUGUGAAAGAUCGCCCGCGCGACUUUAAGCUGUGUUGGUUUCUUAUUCAGGAGGUGGGAGUUGCCGCUAUCCCACCAACCGAGUUCUACACAGACGAGAAUGCCCAUAUAGGAGAAGACUGGCUUAGAUUCGCUGUUUGCAAGGAGGAUGAAGUGCUGGAGAGAGCAAAAGAGAGACUGAGGGGUUUGAGAAAAUACAUAGAAGCAUAG